AAAAGGGAAGAUUAUUUAGGGUAGAGAUAAUAUAACUAGAAAAAAAUAUAAAAUAAUAUGAGGUGGAGCGAGGGGUCUCUUGGAAACAGCCUCCUUACUACCGAGUAGGGGCAAGGCACGAUUCUCUAUUCCGCUACAUUUUUCGUCAAUUAUACGGUCGCCGCUCGCCAUAUUCAUCACGAUAUUCAGUCUUUCAAAGUGUGAUUCAUUCUUAUUCCUUUUUGUAUCCAUUUCUGGCUGAAUUGAUUAUCGAAUGGAUUAUCAUGCUUUCUUCAUUGCUGAAUUCUUCACCCAUGAUGGUGUAUCUAGUGCCACACGAGAUUCAUGUAUUGAUGCGCGUCGACGGUGAAUGGACAGGAUUUGGGUGCGGUGCUGAUAUCGGCGACAUUGUUCGUGUUCUUUUCACCGGGACUGCUUUUCCAGGUUCCUGGGAGAUGCCGGCCGGUCGACUUCGGAAACUUUUCCCUCUCUCUGCUCUCAUCCACGGUGACGACGAGGCACACUUAAGUCGCGCCAAGAAAAAGAGCAUUGAAGUUACUUUUGAAGCAUAGAUGCCAACGCCUGUGAACGAGAGGUACAUGCAAAAAACAUUGUAUUGGGGUCAAGAAUCAGAAAAUACAAGAAGCGAGAAGUGUUUUAGCAUUUUUGUAUUGUGUUGUUAGUAGCAAAUUGUUGUACCAGAAUCUUGUUAAUUGAAAGUUCAAGGUAAUGAUUCUAAUGAACUAGAUAUUACCAU